AUGCAAUUGAUGAGACAUUUGUUUGCGCUAUGCGCACUGGUGUACAGUUGUCUCGCUUUGCAAGCUAAGAAUGUUCAUUUGACUUUCCCAGGUUCUCAGAGAAGAGGUAUAUUGCUUGGUGAUAUUGAGUCCCAAACUCAGAAAUUGGAAGAACCCGUUCAAGUGAAUGCUCAGGAUGAGUCAUUGGAGCUCAAUUUCGCGGUCAGUCCCGCUGAAAAGCCAGAACAGGUCGAAUUACUAGUUGGAUUGCCCGAACGUGGUUUGGAGGUUGUUUAUGAGCCAAAGAUCACUGAUAAUAAGGAAUUGAUAAUGUACAGAUUUAGUAUUGAUGUUUCAAAGAUCCCUAAAGCGUUGUUGCAUUAUUCCAAGGACGACGAGGAGCCAAUAUCUGUUUCGAUGAUCCUGGCUAGCCCUGAAAGCGAUAAUGUUUUCGUUCCAGUAUUUGAUAUGAGUUUAACCUUUAAUGAUGAGGUGGAAUAUACAGAACCUGUAAGAUACGAAGCCAAACCAGAGAUUCGCCAUGUGUUCAACCCUGAACCAAAAACAGUUCCUUGGCCAUUGGCUCAAGUAUUCGUCUUUAUCAUCUCGUUGGUCGUCUUUGGACUCGUCAUCGCAUUGAUGUCCUCUGGUGCUCUGAAUUUUGGGAACUUGCCCCUCAACUUCAAUAUCGUCUAUUUCUUUGCAUUUAUCGGGUCCAUCAUUGGGUUCGAGUACAUUUUCAUCCAAUACUACAUUGGUAAAAGUAUCUUCGAGACUCUUCUGGCGGCAUUGUACUUGGGAUUCCCAGCACUAUGGGUGGGUACUAAAUUCUUAAGAAUUUUCAAAUGCACAUGA